UGCUGCGUGCGCAACUUCAGUCCAGAGUCGCUACGACGGAACCGCAAUGAAGAGAUAAAUAGCGAGCAUAUCUAUUUAUUUUGGAGUAUCCGGCUCUAAUUUCUCUGUUAAUUGAAGAGUAGCGGUCCGAGGCGAAAGGCACUAAUGUACUCUUCCGUUUAAAGGAUUGAAUCAUGGAAGGCAACGAUGACGUGUGUCUAAACGCAGCACAGCCGCAGAAUGACGUGUGCAGCGCUGAGGCGGGAGCUGGGGAAGUCAUUGGUAAAGUGGAAGGUGGAGAAAACCCCCUCACUGCUGACUUGUGUGAUGGCAGCGUGACCAAAGGAGGGAUCUCUAACCAUGUAGACAAUCCUUCGCCAUCGGUGGUUAGUACCGCCGCUGAGCCUCCUGGAGGAGUGGCCCUGAAAGUGGCUACCACUGUCCUCCACCCAGUGUGUCUGGGAGAGAGUCCACUGAUGCUGCCCAUCCACCUCCAGAUGGCUGGAGCAGCUGCACCUCAGCUCGGACAAAUAGGAGCAGCACCAUACUUGAUAGCGAGCCAAAGCCCGGUUUCACUCCCCCUGGUUCUGGACCAGCAGGUCCUCCAGCACAUGAGUCCCUCUGUCAUCCCUCAGACCACAGCCUGUGCACAGUUGCCCCUCCAGAACAACGUCCUGUGUCAGAAUCCUCUGACAUUUGGUUUAACUCCAGCUAUCGACCCGAAGGUUGCCGGGCCGACGCAGGAAGCCAACCUGCUGUCCCUUCUGCAGAAUCCGGCGUUUGCUGCUAUCCUGCAGGAUCUCUUUCCUGCCCAGACAGGAUCUUCUGCCUGUCAGUCCCCAGGCUCAGCCUUUUUUUCCCUUCCUCCCCUCACACCUCCCUACACCUCCCCCUUGGCUCCCCUGGUUCCUCCUGCCACACUCUUAGUCCCCUAUCCUGUGAUCAUUCCCCUGCCAGUGCCUCUGCCUGUCCCUCUACCCAUCCCAAUUCCCAUUGCUCAAAGCGAGGACUCGAAAGGGAGCAUGCCAAAACCAGUUUGCACUGUGAGUAAAAGCACUCAGACAUCACCAAGAGAAACUACCUCUCCCUCCUUGUCUUCAAGGAAGUGCAUGCCUCAUUCCCAUCCACAGAGCGGUUCCCUGUCCUUGCCUUUAGAGGAGGGACAGGUUCUGGACCUCUCUGUCAGGGCAUGUCCGAUUGAACCAAAACAGGAAUACCCCAGUCCUCACCAGGACAACGUGCUCGACCUGUCUGUGCCUGGCGUUAGGAAGAAGUGUAUUCAGUCAGAAAGAAAAGUAGCUUUAGAGUCGGGCCAAGGUUCGACUAGCACGGCACUGUCCCUGGGUGUUGAAUGCUCCCCGACUUUAGAUUCCAAACUCCUGGGCAGCCUAACCUCACUGGAGUUCAGCCGGCAGCACAAGUGGCUGGUUGACACUGGUGUUGCUGGAUCCAACUGUCUAGGUCAAGAGGCUUCUCUCAACGGAGCUGGAAACCUUGAGAUAGUAAGCACAUCACAGACGGCCAAGGUCAUUGUCUCUGUGAAAGACGCCAUUCCCGCUAUCCUCUGUGGGAAAAUUAAAGGCCUUUCAGGAGUCUCCACCAAGAACUUCUCCAUCAAACGGGACGGCAGCCAGGCGGCCUCUCUGCAGCAGCUCUAUGGGAUGCCGUCAUCGUCUCAUGGGGAGCAAGACCUCAACCAUCCACAUAAAAAGGUCACUAAAAACAGAGCCAUCAAGCUAAAGAAGGUCAGCUCCCAGGAGAUCCACUUCCUUCCAAUUAAGAAGCAGAGACUCGCAGCAUUACUGCCCAGGAAGUGAGAGGGCUCCCCAGAGGAGGGAAUAAUGGCAGCAUGGCUGUCCGCUAUCUCCCCAGAGAGUAUAACAUAAUACUCACAUGUGGGGCAUUCUGGACUGAGAAUCAAACAUCUGUCCAAUCAGAGAGCAUCAUUGGCUCUAAAAGUGACAUUCAUUGUGAGAUAUCAAACAGAGAAAAGGUUUUGUUUUUCUAUGAACUGCUGUGUUUUUUGUAACAUCGUUUUAUUAUACUAAAAUGUGUUGUGUAUGGCAGCUUCAUUCACUUUUUGUGUGUGUCUCAACAAAUGGGAGACGUUGAUUUUAAACACGUCAUAUGAACUCAAACAAUCCCAUGUUUGACUUUUCUGUUACAGCAGAGAUGCAUGGCUCCCAUUGCUCCAUCCCGCUUUUCUUUCCACUUUUUAUGCAAGUGCACUGAAAAUCUGAAAAUGUGUAUACUGGGGUGACGUGACCAAGACGGUUAAAAACAUGUCACUGGAAAUUCCCACUGGCAUCGAAGCUCACUGGAACGAACCGUUCCUUCCUGAUUGGUUGAGGUUUAGCACGACAUGCUAAUGUUGACUUGGCAAAGACCGUUCAUCAAACUAAUGUUGCCAACAGCUGACAGUUGCAAAACAAAAUGCGUUCUUACUUAGCUUAAAGGGAAAGGGUUUUGUAAUAGUUUUCAGAUUUAAAUGGAGCCUUCCAUGAGCCGAACGGAGCAGAGGGAAAACUAAUGCCGGAAAAAGAGCUGCUUUUGUUGUUUGAUGUCCUGCAAAUGUGUUUACAUCCCUUAAAUCUUUCCGCAUGUUGUCACUUUACAACCACAAACCUAAAUCUAUGUUAUUGGUAUUUUAUGUGAUUGAGCAACACAAAACAGCACAAAACUGUGAAGUGACAGGAAAAUUAUGCAUUUUUUUUUUGUGCCAUUUUUGACAAAAAAAAUCUGAAAAUGUGUAAAAGUUUACUCCAGUCUCAACUCUUUUAAAGUCUUUUUUCCAGGACUGGCCGGUAUUUAGCUCAUUGUGUCUCUCCAUUAUCUCUGAACAGCUUCCCCGUCUGAUGAAAAAAAGCAUCCCCACAGCAUGAUGCUGCCACCACCAUGUUUUAUACUUGGGAAUGGGUGUUUAGGGUGAUAUCAUAAUUAGUUUCCCUAAACAAAGCAUUUUACAGAUUACAUUUUAGUGUCAUUUGACUAGAGCACCUUCCUCUACAUGUCUUGUGUCCCCUACACAGCUUGACAGGGCUUCCUAUUUAUUCCAUUCUAAGCAGCUUUCUUGCAACUCUUCUAUUUGGAAAGCGCAAGACUAAUAGUCCUGUCAACAGAUUCUUCCACCUGAGCUGUGGAUCUCUGCAGCUCCUCCAGAGUUACCAUGGGCAUCUUUGCUGCUUGUCUGAUGAUUGGUGUCCUUCCUAGUCAUAUGUUAGUAAGUUUGUGGUUGUAUCAUCCUCUCUCCAUUUUCAGAUGAUGGAUUGAACAGAGCUCUGUGUGAUGUUCAAAGCUUGGGAUUUAGUUGUAAAAUGUAAAUAUGCUGUAAACAUCUCCACAACUUGAUCUCUGCCCUGAGGCAUUCACAGAACUGCUUCCUUUAUGCACAUUUGCAUGUUUACUUCUACUGGAUUUCAUGUAGGGAUUUCACAGUAAAAGUAAAAUAAUAGACAAUCACAUCAAUUUUCUUCCACAUCACAGUUAUGUGUUACUUUGUGUUGGUCUAUCACAUAACAUCCCAAUAAAACAAAUUAAAGAUUGUGGUUUAAACUUGACAAACUUCGGAGCACUUCAAGGAGUUUGAAUACUUUGCAGGGACUGUAGCCAAAGCUGAUAAAAUGCCUCACAGAAAACAUGUAAAAGCCUGUAACUCCUUACUGUUUGUUAACUUAUUAACAUUUAUUUAACCUCCACAGUAAAGAAGCUGUUUUCUUUACAUCAGUGGGAAAAGAAGCUGUAUGUGUUUGUUUUGUAUGUGAUUAGUCCAUUAUGAGUAUAGAUCUGACACCAUCCUGCUUACUUUUAUCAACAUGUUGCAUAAAAGUUUCUGGACCAGAGUUGUGAAUGUGGAAUGUGUUGUUGAUUUGAGUGCACUUUGUAAUAGUUUAGAUUAAAAGCUCCCAGGGUGUCCGUCCGGCCCACUCUGCUAAAAUGCCACUGCACCAUUUAUGAUCUCAAGAGUUGUGUAAGUCCGCGAGCAGCAGGCCAAGAACUAACAGCAGCCACAUGCAGACUGCCUGGAUGAACUGAGAUGGAAAAUACCUUGAAGCUCCAUGUUUUUCCAUUUCUUUUAUUUAUGUGUGUUCUUUAGUAUUCUCAAAAUUCUCUGACGCCUGCAUUCCUUUCAGGAGAGAGACAAUUCGAAUGAUCCCUUAACAUGGACUGGAUCUCCCUGUAAUUUAUUUGUUGUGCACCUUUUAUUUAUGCAAAUGUGUUUAUGUUCCAGAUGGUCAGUCAGGAAACCAGAAGUGAGGGAAUAUCAAAACAUUUUAUGUGUCAGUCUCUCUCUGCUUCUGAUGGCAGUUUAAAAUAAUAAGGGUGAAGAAUCACAUGUGGAAAUGUGUAUUUAAUUGUUUGCUAAGUGUCAUGUAUGUGUGCUUUUUUUAUAUGGGAGUUAACUACAUUUUUCAAGUCCAAA